AUGCCAAACUACAAAUUUACAUAUUUCAAUCUCCGUGCCUUGGCUGAACCAACACGAUGCUGUUUCUACUACGCUGGAGUACCUUUUGAAGACAAUAGAGUCGAAUAUAAAGACUGGAUGUCUGUUAAAGAUUGUGAGUACAAACGUCAAGCGAUAGUAAAGGUGGUAUAAAAAAGAAGGGCAGGGUGUAAAAGAGUAGAAGGUAUAAGAUGAUAAAUGUUAGGUGCCGACAUAAAGAACCCGCCCUACUUUACUUGCAAUUCCCUGUAAAAAAUGGCGGGUUCUUUAUGUCGGCAACUAAUAUAUCCUGCGAUAAAAAUGAGAAUAUAUUAGGUUGUUCACUUAAUUCUGCGCUCCCUUUCAAAGCAAAUUUGUGGGGUCAGGGAGCGCAGAAUUAUGUGAACAACCUAAUAAAUAUUAGAUUUCUACCUUUAGCCUAUCCAAACAAGCAACUACCGUUGUUCGAAGUAGAUGGUAAGAAGCUAACUCAAUCUGGUGCUAUUCUAAGAUUUGUUGCCAGAGCUACUGGAUUGACCGGUAAAGACUCUUUUGAGGAGGCUAAAGCUGAUGAAAUCUACCACUUCUUCUACGACAAUCUUCGAGCCGCCAAUGGCAUUAUCUUAGACAAAGUUAACAUUAUUAAAUCGAAAAAUUUGGUAAGUUAUUGGGAAAAUAUCUGUUAGUUAUAGGGUAGAUGAGAGACAGGGUAGAUAUUUAAAGAAUUUGAUAUUAUUUCAAAGACUCGUAUUAAGCCUAAAAGUUGUUAGAAACUCGUUUUUCAGGAACAAGACAAGAAAGAUUUUGAUCAUCACUCAACUACAGCUUUGGAAGGCUAUACCAAAUACCUCGAAGAAUCCAAAAGCGGCUAUGCUUUGCCUUCAGGCCUAACCUAUGCUGAUUUUGUUAUUGCUUCUCAUUUCUUGACUAUCAGAAACAUGGAUGAACAAUUGGCCAACAAAUACCCAAAAGUGGCCGAACAUUACAAGAAAAUCUCGGCCAUUCCACAGCUUCAAGAUUACUUUGCCAAACGACCAGAUACUAUCAACUAG